AUGAAGCGACCGGGUAGUGCACGAAGGGCUUCGUCGGUCCGCGCGCCUGGCAACCGCCGGGCUGACGUUGCCAUGAAAAUGGGCGUACCGACGCCGACGCCGACCGAACGAAUCGAGCCCCGGGGGCUGGUGGGAGAUGGCGGAAACUGGCGCGGAUCGUCAGUUGUAGUGGCUCGGGGUGGUGGCCACCCCGGGAGACUUGACGUGAUCGAGGCCGCAUGUGGUGGCUUUGGGGUGAGGAUGCCCCGGUGGUUGGUCAUUACGGAGGGUGGUGGGUGUUGA